AUGGUGGAAGGUAUUCCAGAGGAGCGAGAAUUGGAUGAUUCUAAAGAUCUUCCCAAGGUAUUGUUUGUCAACACUACUGAUGAAUGCUAUUCUAAUAUAGCAUUUUUCUUGACUUAUGGCGAAUGUCCACAACAUUUGUCAUUCAAGGAAAAAAGAAGUAUCAAGUUGAAAGCUACAAACUUUGUAUUAUGGGAUAUUGGUUUGUAUAAGAGGGCAAUUGAUGGCAAACCAAAGCCUGCAACAUUACCAUUGAAGCCGGUUAUUGUUGAAGAGCCUUUCCGACAGUGGGGCAUUGAUUUUAUUGGUGUCAUCAAUCCUUCUUCAAGUGUAGGUUAUUUGUAUUUCCUUACAACAACUGAUUAUUUCACCAAGUGGGUGGAAGCCAUACCGAUAAAGAAUGCUACUUCUGAGAUAGUAUGCAGAUUCCUCAAGGAGAAUAUUAUUUCCAAGUUUGGUGUUCCAUUCAAAAUUGUGACUGAUAAUGUAGCCACCUUUUCUUCCUCAGAAAUUUCACAAUUUUGCUUUGAGUAUAAUAUAUUGUUAACUCAUUCAUCUGAUUAUUAUCCCCAAGGUAAUGGUCAGGCGGAAUCUAGUAACAAGAAUUUGAUUACUAUUAUUCACAAGCUUGUGGAGGAAAAUCAAAGGUCCUGGCAUAAGGCUCUUUUUGAUACUUUAUGGGCAGACAAAAUUACACCCAAAAGGGCUAUUGGUAUGUCACCAUUUCAGCUUCUCUAUGGGAUCAAUGCAAAAAUACCCAUCACUUUGGAACUUCCUUCUCUCAAGUUGGCUAAAGCAAUUGAAGAUCAAACUUAUGAGAAUGCUUUAGACAAAAGGAUCAUGUAUCUUUCUCAGCUGGAAGAACAAAGAACACAAGUGGUAGAUCGGAUUGCCCAGCAUUAG